AUGGGUUCUACUAUUUCUCCCCCAUGCUUCGAUAAUAUAUAUUUUUUUCAAUCUUCUUUUACUUACUUUGCUUUUUUUAAAUUUCUCAAUCUCAUCUUCUUCUCAUAUAUCUUAUUUACUUUUUUUUACUUCUUCAUUUUUCUUUCACUUUGCUUUUCUUACUUACAUUUUUAUUUGUCUUUUAAAUCUACGGUUACUUGUCUUUAUUACCUUUACUUUAUCUCUUUCUCGUCACUUCUGUCUUUUUUCUUCCCAUCCUUUUUAUUUGUGUUUUUCUUUCUUACUCCACUUUCUUUUUCUAAAUUUUUUCUCGUUUCUCUUCCUUCGUUUCCCCUUCGCUUUCUCCUUUUCCUUUUAAUAUUUCUCAGUAACCUUUGCAUUAUUUUUUACAGUUUUUCCCUCACUCAAACAUUUUCUCACGUUUUUCUCUCUCUUCAGGCUUUUUUCUCAUUCAUUCUUAUUUUUCUGCUUUCUUUUCAUUGUAUUCGCAUUCAUUUUCUUAAUUAA